GACAGCGAAGAAAGAAUAAAUUCACUCGAGUUGCUGCGCUCAGGCCAGUCCGUCGACGACGUCUUCAAGCUCCUAAAGUUUAACGACGGCGUCGAGAGCCUCCUCACCCACCCAAAUGUAAACGAGUUCGUCAAAUUCAUCAGCCGCUUCAGCCACCAACACCCAGACAAGUCCACAAGUCUGAUCAAGACGUUCACGACGGCUUACGGUGAUGACGUCGUGUCUAAAAUGCUCCAAGUAGCGAAGCAGGACCCGAGUACGAAAGCCAGGGCGACGCAGCUGCAGGCUCAGCAGAUGAAGGUCUGGCGCUACGAGAAGCUCACGCCGGACGACGUCUUCAAGCUCUUGAAGCUCGACCAAGCUGCGAGCAAUCCGCUCAGCAACGUCAACCUGGACGCGUGGGCUGCGUACUUGCACCUGUUCAACUACCUGAAU